AUGUCGAAGCCAGUCAAGCUAUCUCCCUUUGGCGAUGCCUGUGCAGGCAGUGCCGGAGCUUCUGCAGCUCUUAUGAUAGUGUUUCCAUUAGAUAUAAUCAAAACCAGACUACAAAUCCAAUCUAAGCACCUGGCUCAAGUGCAAGAUGAAAAACAUACCUACCACAACGCUCUAGAUGCAUUCGUGAAAAUCCUGAGACAUGAAGGUCUACUAGGCUUCUACUCGGGUCUAAUCAGUGGAUUGUUUGGUACCGUUGCGCAAAAUUUCACAUACUUUUACUUUUACUCGCUGAUUCGAGGGGAGUAUCAGAAACGAGUCAAGGGAGAACUCAGUACCGUCAUGGAAUUAGUCCUAGGUGCACUUGCCGGUGCUCUGAGUCAAGUUUUUACUCUACCCAUCGCUGUAGUCAAUACCAGACAACAAACUGCCAUUGCGGAAGAAAAGACAACCUUCUUUAAGACCUGGAUGAACAUUGUUAGAGAUGAAGGAAUAACUGGUUUGUGGAGAGGAAUGGCCCCAUCUCUGAUUCUCUGUGUCAACCCUGCCAUCACAUAUGGAAGUUUCGAACGAUUAAAAGCCGCAGUCAACCACCGUGCUAAUCGUGAAGUAGGCGCUCGAUUAACCUCUGGUGAAACAUUCAUAGUUGGAGCAAUAGCAAAGACAUUGGCUACUGUAGUAACGUAUCCAUACAUUAUGGCCAAAGUCAAGCUGCAAUGGAAGGCACCAAAGUCUGCUACUGACAAGUUGACUGCCGCCGAGAAGGAUCGUUUACAUUACAAGAACUCUAUUGAUGUAUUGCAAAAGGUGUUGGAAAGUGAUGGUAUUAGAGGAUGGUACAAGGGCAUGAAUGCUCAAAUUUACAAGGCUGUAUUGAGUCAAGCGUUUUUGUUUGUCUUCCGUGAUCAAUUCACAUUAUGGACAUUCAUGCUCUUCCAAUAUCUCGCCAAGUUGAGAGAGAAGAAGGUUCUUACUGCCGCUUAA